GCACACACUGACCAUGGCAUCUGAAAAGCCGAUACUUUAUGGCUAUUUCCGAAGUUCCUGCUCUUGGAGAGUGAGAAUCGCACUGGCUCUGAAAGGGAUUUCCUAUGACCUGGUGCCAGUGAACCUCCUGAAUGACGGGGGGCAGCAGUUUUCUCCUGAAUUCAAGGAAGUGAAUCCAAUGCGGCAAGUCCCAGCCUUGAAAAUUGAUGGCAUCACCCUUUCUCAGUCGCUAGCUAUAAUUCAUUACCUAGAAGACACCCGUCCUAACCCCAGGCUCCUGCCCCAAGAUCCGAAGAAGAGAGCCCAAGUCAGAAUGAUCGCUGAUCAUAUUGCCUCCGGCAUUCAGCCACUCCAGAACCUGCGUGUCCUGAAAGAAAUGGGGGAGAAAAAAAAGGAAUGGGCUCAGAACUGCAUCUCAUCUGGCUUUCAAGCGCUGGAGCAGAUUCUGCAGCACACUGCUGGGCGCUACUGCGUGGGGGAUGAAGUUUCCAUGGCUGAUCUGUGCUUGGUGCCUCAAGUUGCCAAUGCUGAAAGAUUCGAAGUGGACAUGGGUCCAUAUCCCACAAUAAGCAGAAUCAACAAAGCUCUCCUGGAGUUAGAGGCAUUCAAAGUAAGCCACCCAUCCCGGCAGCCAGAUACUCCUGCAGAGCUGCGAGCUUGAAGCCCUUCUACUCAUUAAAUUAAGUAAGCUGGCAUGUCAAAAAGGACAACAGCUACAGCUUGAGUAGGACUUCAGUGCCAGCAGGAAGCCCUAGUACCAUUGUCUCACUUUCAUCUGGACAGCUGAUUUGUACCUCUUGCUUAUGUCUAGCAGCAGUCUUGUGGAAUUUAUAAUAAAGGUCUGU